GCCGAUGACCUCUCGUUAUUGAGUUCGAGUCGGGUUUCCGAACGCAGCAGUUCGCAGUUCUAACGAAAAUGGCCGACCGUGUAACACUCUGACACUGUGUAUUGUGUGUUAUUACGAAAAUUAUACAAUUAUUGUGUGAAAAUGUGAAUAUGAUGAAUUAAAACCUUGAUCGUAGGGCCGUUCGAGUGUUUUAAAUGAUGUGCCGGACAGAGAUGUGUCGUUUCGGUGUUGGCAACUGGAUAUUCUUGCUGGCUUGUAUACAUUUGUUUACGUAUAGUCAAGGCGGCGAAGAUGCUUCCGAUACGAUGUUCAAUCUUACGACGGAGCCGGCGGAUGUGGUGGUGGUGGAAGGGGAGAGCGCCAUGCUGUCCUGCGGAGCCGCGGCCCCCGCCAGGCUCAGUUGGAGGUACAGCGCCUCCGCCCCUCCGACCAGAGACCACAGCCUCCCACGAGCUGAUAGCUUUAGGAAACAGUUGACGAACGGCUCCCUGCUCAUAGAGAGAAUGUCACCACCACUGGCCGGUCAGUACCAAUGUGUGGCGACGGUAGAUGGUAUAGGUACCGUCGUGUCGCGAGUGGCCACUGUCUUCCUCGCUGAAGUGCCAGAGUUCCUGGAGGGUCCUCGUACUAUGUCUGGUGUGCUCGGCUCCCCAGCACUCCUCCCGUGUUCCCUUAAACUACCACUGCGUGUAGCUGUGAGGGUGAUUGCCGCAGUCACUGAGAGGAGAGUGUAUGGACCAAACAAGAUACAUGCACCGCCUCCUGUGUUGAAACUCAAUGUGACAUGGCUAAAGAACGGUUCGCCGGUCCAAGUGGAGGCCGCUCGUUUAUACAGCACUGUCAGCGGAGCCCUGGAGAUAGACCCUCUGAGGACGCACGACGCCGCCACAUACAGAUGUGCCGUCAGCCUCGCGCACACCAACAAACCACCAGUUCUGGGUCCGGAGAUCGAUCUCCGCGUGAACAGCGAGCUGGCGGGGAUGGAGUCCGCGCCCAGGAUACUCACCACGCCGCAGCCCGUCACGGUCAUAGAAGGCGCGUCCGUGACCUUCGACUGCGCGGCCACCGGCAACCCCAAGCCGGAGAUCGUGUGGCUCAACAACGGCGUGGCCAUAGACUUGAAUGAUCUAGACUCCCGUUUCUAUCUGGUGGGGGGCGGCUCUCUCCGCGUGGUGUCGUCCCGGGCUCCGGACGCGGGCGCCUACACCUGCCGCGCCACCAACAGGAUCGACGCCGCCGACCACUCCGCUCACCUCCACGUCCUGUCUCCCCCCCGCGUGUCGGUCCGCGACGGGUCGGUGGUGAGGGCGGUGACCCGCGGUGACGUCACUCUGAGAUGCGACGCCCGCGGGCGACCGCCGCCAGUGGUGACGUGGCUGAAAGACGGGGAACCUCUCACACCGAACAACCACGACAUCAUGGUGGACGGGACCUCGCUGAGGAUCAGGGGAGUGCUGGACGUGGACGAGGGAGUGUUCCAGUGUGUCGCGGCCUCGGCUGCCGGCAGCGCUGCCGCGGCGCUCAGGCUGAUUGUGGCGCCGCACGCCGACCCCCUCCCCACGAACCUGACCCCUACCUUCCUGACCCCCGACCUCUACCCGGAGGAUGUGGAUUUCAUCGGCGAGACGUCAUCAGCGUUCACCCCCGAGCCUCUGUACGACGACUUAGAUAACGUAGAUUAUUCCGAAGAUCUGGACUCCUACGACGCGGGCAAGGGGAACGCGAGCGUGGUGUCCGCGCCCGGGGACUUCCGCGCCGUCAUCGUCAAGCACCGCUUCGUGACGCUCAGCUGGACCGAGCCGAAACACGCGCUGGAAGAAGUCACCGGAUACAUCAUACUGUAUAAAGUGAAAGGAAGCGACCGGGAGCGUCUGUGGUCGGGCGAGGCUCGGCGGCGCGAGGCCGUGUUGGCGUCCCUGGCUCCUCGCACCACGUACACGGCGCGGGCCCUCGCCCUCACUCGCAGUGCAGCCUCGCCGCCGACAGAGACUAUAGAGGUGACCACUCCUGACGAGGAGCUGUCCUACGGCCCUCCUCAGAACGUGUCGGUGGAGGCGGUGGGCGCUCACUCUCUGCGGGUGUGGUGGGCUCCGCCCGCGCCGCUCGGGCCUCACGUGCCGCCUGAGGUGCCGCCGGCCGCUCCUGGCCGAUACGUCAUAUACUAUACAGAGACGGAGAGUGGUCGCGAGCAGAGCCAGUACACCAACUCCACCAGCAUCACCCUGAGCGGUCUGCGGGCGGCCACCGCCUACCGGGUGCGGGUGUCGGCGGGGGGAGGGGGGACCAGUGACGUCACCACCGCCACGCGAGCCGACGCCCCCUCCGCACCACCCACUGACGUCACCGUCAUCCCCGCCACGGAUACGUCGCUACUAGUCCGCUGGUCGGCCCCGGCCGGGCGCUCGCACCGCGGAGCCCUCACGGGAUACAAGCUCCGGUACAGGACCCCCGGGGCGCGUCGCGCGGACUCGCUUACCACUCCCGCAGACACCACGCGGGCGGACCUCACGGGACUGGAACCCUCCACCACCUACCAGGUCCGCGUGUGUGCUCUGAACGCUAACGGCUCCGGACCGUUCAGCGAGUGGGUCUCAGCCACCACGCAGCCAAGACGGAGGCCUGAGAGCAGCGUGCCGGCGGCGCCGCCUCCGCUCACCACCCGCGCCGGUCGCGACUGGAUCUCCGUCUGGUGGGGCAGCGAGGAGGGCUCUAAUACACCGGGGGGAGGGGGCCCGGGGGCAGGCGUUGCGGGCGGCGGAGCACCCGUGCGGGGGUACUGGCUGGGCUGGGGACUCGGCGUACCUGACUCACACUCCAGGGAACUGCCUGCGCAUGCGCAUUCACAUGUUAUAAGAGAUUUGGAAUCCAACUCGGAGUACGUGAUAUCUCUCCGCGCCAGCAACACGCUGGGUCUGGGCCCGGCGGUGUACGCGACCGUCCGCACCAAGCCCGACGACGGAGAGGACGAACCAGACGAGCCCGACCAGCCGGAGGACGACGCGCCGCCUCUCAUCCCGCCCGUGGGGCUCAAGGUUAUCAUGCUGAGCGGCACCACCGCCGUCGUGUACUGGACCGACCCCACUCUACCCAAAGGACAGACGGCGGCGGACGGUCGACGGUACGCGGUGCGGUGGUCGGGCGGCGGACGGUCGCGCGUCUACAACGCUUCGGAUCUUAAUCUCAUGUUGGACGAUCUCAAACCGUACACGCACUACGAGUUCGCUGUCAAACUCAUAAAAGGUGGUCGCGAAUCUCCCUGGUCGAUGCUGGCCAGCAACACGUCCCUGGAGGCAGCCCCGGGCUCCGCCCCCCGGGAACUGCGCGUGUCCCCCGCGGCUCCAGCCUCCCGCGCCGCCGACUUAACGUGGAGUCCACCCGCCAAGCCCAACGGAGUCAUCACAGGGUAUGUGAUAAUGUACGGCGUGUCCCGCGGGUCGGGCGCCGCCGAGGAGUGGUCGGCUCUGGCGGCUCCCGGGGAACGAGGCCGGGCCCGGGUGGACCGGCUCCGGGCGCGGACCACCUACAGCUUCAAGAUACAGGCCCGGAACAGUAGGGGACUGGGGCCCUUCAGCCCCGCCGUCACUUACACUACUGGGAUUGAGAGCGGUGAAGGCGCGGGUCUGGCGAGCGCCACGUCCGCGUGGUUGUGGGCCAGUGCGGGCGGCGCCUGUGCCGUGCUGGCGCUCGCAGCAGCCCUCGCUCUGUCGCUGUGCUGCAGAAGGAACACGCCUCCCAUGUCCCCAGACACCAGCACUUACCAGAAAGCGUCCGCGUCAGCUGGCAUCAAGCCUCCAGACCUCUGGAUCCACCACGACCAGAUGGAGCUGAAGCACAUGGACAAGAGCUUACACAGCUCAGCCAGUAAGAUAUCAGCGGGUAGCGUCGAAGGCAGCGCGUUGGUGUCGUCGACGUUGACCCUAUCCCGCACCCCCCACCCCCACUCUCAUCCUCACCCCCACCCCGCGCUGCCCGCGCUCCCCGCCCCCCACCUGGCGGAGUACGAGCCGGCGCGCCAUCCGCCGCCCAUCACCAGCCUCGACCGGCGAUACGUCCCAACAUACGUCGACCGUCGCUCGUCGUCGGGCAGCGCGGACACCGCCCCGCUCCGAGCCUCGCCCCUCGACUACCGCUGCGACCUGCUAGCUAUGACUGGUGUCGGAGUGGGCGUGGGCGUGGGCUGCACCGGCACCUGCGAGCGACGGAGACAUCUGGCGGAUCAGAGCACGCCGCUGUUGACGGGUGUAGCGCCGCUGGGGUCGCCGCAGUCCUCUCUGACGUCACAUCCGCCCGCGCCAUGCGUGUCGGGUCAGUGUCCUCUGGGUACAUGCUCGGCGCCAGGGUCCGAGGUGUACGCGAGCGCGUCCACAGCGCGGGAGCGAGGACACUACGUCGCCUACGAACCCCUGGGACAUUACACGCACCGCGACUCCGUGAGUACGGACGCCGCAGCACCCGCGGGCACGGGCGCCGGGGGCUCCCUACAGAGGAGGGGCGCGUGCUCCGCCCUACACAGCUUCACUCUACCCGACAACGCGUCUGAUCACAGCACGCCCUCACACUCCAAGGGCAGUGCGCGCGCGUCCUCCCCGUACAAGGCGAGUGCGUCGUCGUCCCCCGCACACACACACACGCACUCGCUCGCGCACACACACGCGCAUGCUCUCAACAGACUGCAGCUCGGUGGUGGAGUGUCUCACAGCUCUGAUGAGCUGGAGCCUCUCACUCCGUCCAGGUCCAGCGAGCGUCUCCACCGCGAGAUGCAAAACCUGGAAGGGCUCAUGAAGGACCUGUCGGCGAUCACGCAGAACCAGUUCCACUGCUAGCGGACCCCCGACGCGCUGUCGGGACUCUUAUAAUUGAGACCAAGUUAUAUUGGAAGAAUUUUAUUAUUGAUGACAAAUCGAGUCAGUAAGAUAGUGUAUUGACUUAGAUACUCCGGAAUACUUCAGAGGAAAAUAAAUUACCGUACUGAAUGACCGCUACUGAUGUGGAGAUCAUGUUAUACUGGCCACACUAGGAAAACAAUCGAAUCAGCCAAUGAAACAAGAAACCCUACUCGAUCCACUUAUUGACCCGAUGAUAUUUAUUAGUGGGAUUCCAUUUAUAUUGGCUGGUCAUUGUUUUAUUCCCAACAGAGUUCACUCUAUGUUGGACUCGACCCACUUUUUCUAGAGAUUCCAUUUAAUGUCGGCCUGUAAGACGUUUCUUUAUGUAGGGCUAAAUGUUUUUCGCUCUCCGCUGGUCUAAGUCCAUGGCCUAUGCGAUUUUAUUAUUUUGUUCGCAAUUUAACUCGACUUCAUACAAAUCUACAAUUUUGUAUUUAUUUAUAAAAUACGUGUUCGUGUAAUACUAGUCAGGUAGAGGGCGCUGUCGGGUGAAAGAACUGACACUUCGUUACCAAUUUUUACAAGAUAUCUGCUGAACGCGGGGGAUGAAUCAAAACAGAGCAAACUUUUUACCAUACAAUAGUCACAACGAAACUUCUAAACGAAUCUGAAAGUUUCUCAAAGGAAAAUACAUACAAUACCGUUCGUCCUCUCGUCGGAACUGCGCGAACUGUUUUGGACUCUAUUAUGAUGGCGUAAGGUCGUAUUUUGAACGACCGAUAAUUAAUAUAAGGUCACUCGGAUGUUCUAAUAAAGUUUUGCUUUUCAAAGCCGGGAUACACGAAGAACAUCCGGAACGAUUGUAAAUAUUUUGUACCCUAACUCUAUAGCCUUAAGGUUUAUUAUCGAAUACAUUUUGAUAUUGUUAUUAAUUACAUUUCGACGCUUUAUCUCCGCGUCUGAACUGACGUGAAGCGAUUUUGUAAAUAUCUCAAAUAUUUUUCUAAUAUGUAAUAUACAGAGUGCACCAAAAGUUUUUAAAGUAUUUCGUUUGAUGUUACGUGGAACCGUAUCGUAUUGUAUCAGUGCCAUAUCGAGAGCUGGGCGGCCGACUGUACGUCCUGCGACGUCACAGAGGGCCGUAUCUUUAGUUUAGUUUUGAGUGAUUCGCAUUUCGUGAGGCGCCAUCUACUGGGGCGCGGGGAUGGCGCAGAGCGACUUAUUAGUUGUUAAGGGAACUUUAGACUGAUUUUGUAUUUGAUUUUUUAUUUUAUAUUUUGAAAAUAUUUUUUUUUACGUCACUGGUUUUAUAUGUCCUCGGUAGCGCUUCUAAUACGACAAUGUUAACUGUAUAGAGAUUGUAACAGUUUUAUUGUAUAUCGUACGGUUUUUUAUAAUUUUAUAUUUUAUUCCCAAACCAACGCCGUGCUGGUCGAGGACACUUUGACAUCGACACUAGUUUUAUACGUAUCUUCGUCUCCUCUUACCACGAGUCUCGUGUACCGACGUUCUUUACGUUUGGGGAACUGUCUCUGUUUAUUCGGCGAUGCGAUCUCCUGGUAAGGUGUUAUCUCUGUCUUCGCUCAUUCACAUCAGAUGUAUCAGUCGGUGUGUCGAAGUGUCCGAACCGUCACGGGCACACGAUCGGUGUUUCGUUCCCACCAGGAGACUGUUCGACUGCUCUGUAACUUGUAUUAAGACACUUAGACUAAAUGUAAAGGAUGGGAGUCGCCGCUCUCUGUACAACUAGUUCAAUAAACUUGUAUUAUUUAUUGACA